AUGGCUCCUCGCAAAUUCAAUCUAAACGGCAAGACCUUAACUGCUCCUCUAGCAGCCGCAACCAUGGCACUACUCCUAUUCACAUACACCCGCACAUCCAUCCGGGCAGCUAAGCAGAAUGCUCAAAAACACCGCGAAGCAGACGGUGGACAGAUCGAUUGGGCCAAUGAAAGUCUAAGGCGUCAUGGACAAUUAGAUGCGCCUGUAGAGCAAACAACCGUGAAACAGUUAUUGGGAACGGCAAAAGAUAAUUUGGAGGAAUUGAGGAGGAAAGGAAAUGCGCCCGAGAGGCAUGAAGUGGAGAGGAAGCUGAGAGAGCGAGCGGCGAAGGGAAGAGAGGGUGGUUUUGCUGGGAAAGCAGAUUAA